AUGGCUAUCCCAGUUUGGUCGAUAAGGAAAGAGGGAUCAAAACAAAUAUGCUUGAUGGAUACUGAAAACUAGAGUAGUGGAGAAUAACGAAAGAAGAUCAACACAAAAAGCAAUAGUAAUAAACGAAUUACAUUUGAUUACCAUAUCUAUCUAAAACCCAACAUCUAGAAUGCUUUGCUUUGGUAAAAAAAAAUCAAGUGAUGAGGAAGAAACUAGGAGGCCCAGUAAUUCAAAAUUUAAGCAACAGAAGCUUCCAGCAUGGCAACCAAUUCUAACUGCUUCUACAGUUCUGCCUGUGUUUUUCCUUAUUGGUAUUGUCUUUCUACCAGUUGGAAUUGCUCUGCUUGUUUCUUCAAAUAACGUGAAGGAAAUGGUAAUUGAGUACUCCACCCAUGAAAACUGCAAGGAUUGCCGCGAUGAAUUGGAAAAGGACGGUCUUUCGAAUUUCAAAAAUGGAAUUCCAAUAAAUUGUAAUUGUACCAUAGAUUUUGACUUGGACACCAAGUGGGAGGGUGAUGUUUACUUUUAUUAUGGUUUGUCGAAUUUUUACCAAAACCACCGACGUUAUGUGCGUUCCAGAGAUGACAAUCAGCUACAUGGCGACCUAAAAAAAACAGUCAACUCCAACUGUGAACCAUUCGACAAAAACUCAUCUGGAUUUGCAUAUGCGCCAUGUGGCGCAGUUGCGAACAGUAUGUUUACAGAUCGAUUUGAAAUAACAAAAAUGGAUAUGGGCGAAAGUGUACCUUUGAUUCACAAAGACAUUGCUUGGAAAAGUGACAGGGAGACAAAGUUUAAGAAUCCCUCCUCUUUAUCUGAAUUCAAAAAUUUUCUCAAGCCAAAGUAUUGGACAAAGAGUGUGACUGAGCUGGAUACAGAAACAAAGAAUGAUGCUAAUAAUGGUUUUGUUAAUCAAGAUUUCAUUGUUUGGAUGAGAGUUGCAGCAUUUCCGACCUUUCGUAAAUUGUACAGAAAAUUGGAUCGUUCUAAAAGUAAAUUUAGGAAUGGUUUGUCAAAUGGAAAAUACCAAUUAAGGAUUUAUUACAAUUACCCUGUCGAAAGCUUUGGUGGUAAAAAAAGAUUUAUUUUAACAACAUCUUCAUGGAUAGGAGGGAAAAAUUCCUUCCUUGGUAUCGCAUAUAUUAUUGUUGGUUGCUUUUGUCUCAUCUUUGGAUUUAUCUUCUUGGUUAUUCAUAUGAAAGUUCGAACAAAGCCAUUGAUGAAUUAACAAUGAUCCAUGGAUGACUUGCACUGAAACUGAAAAGGAAAAAAUAUUGUUGCUAAUGACUUCGUUUGUUGUAUAUUACGUUUACGUCUACACGAAUGUACUACAGGGAUGUGCAUUACCAGAAAGAAAGAAAAAUAUAAACUUAGAAUAACUGAAUUACCAGACAAGCCAAAAUAUAAUAAUUUUUUUUAAUCUGCUGUUAUAUGGUAAACAUCAAUGGUUAAAUUUCAUCAAACUUGUAUCUUUACACACGUAAUGGACUGCUGUAUUGCAGGUGGAUUGUAUUAUUCUUAAGAAAGGUUUAUUUAGGAGAUAUAAUUUGCAUUUUAUCUGCACUACACAACUUGUUUGAAAAUUUGUCAGCAAAAAAAACAACUUAUUUUGACAUUUAAAAGUUGCCUUUAUGGAAGUUUUAAUUUUUUGUAGUUUUUUGAUGUUUUAUGUAGUUAACUAGUUGUUUGUCUGCAAAAAAUCCAUUUGAAUUGUCAAAAAUAUAUUGCAUUUGUUAUGGCAGCUAAAAAUAUUUUGUGCAUUCUUAACAUGAAGUCAUGUGACAGACAAAGUAUAGCUACAAUUAAGAAAUGUAUUUAGAUAUGAUUGCAACCACUUAGAAAUUAAUUUUUUGUAGUAUGAAUUUGUGUUUGGCAUAGAAAAAUGCAUGCAGCUAAUGCUUUCAUUGUUACGUGAAACCUCAAAUUAAAAACUAUGCUCCAAGACAUCAUGUAUUAUAAAUUUAAAUUUUUAUAUUGUGUUUAUUUGUUUUAUUAUUUUGUAAGAUUUUCUUAUUUACUUAACAGCACAAAAAAAUAAAUAAAAAAUUCUGUUU